CUACGAACAAGGAUAGCUCCCAUCUCACUUCAAUUCGACUCUUUGUUGCAAUUUGGCCCUUGGGACUUGUGGACAGAUUUAUGCGGGCAAUCUAGGCACCAUAAAACUUCUCCUUUGUCACCUCUUGCGGCGAAAACUGCUUCAUUCUUUUAGCAGUUACCACAACCACCCAACAUGGCCUCUCGUUCCCCACAUAGACUGUUAUCCUCGCCCCUGGUUGCGAUAUUAUGCCUUUUCUACCUUUUCAGCUCUACCGCACUGGCUGCGUCUGCCGUUCUCGGUGUAGAUCUGGGCACCGAAUACAUCAAGGCAGCGCUUGUUAAGCCAGGAAUUCCACUCGAAAUCGUCCUGACCAAGGAUUCACGGCGGAAAGAGGCGUCUGCGGUAGCAUUCAAGCCAGCGAAGAACAUCAAGAGCGGAGACUUCCCCGAACGACUCUAUGGCUCAGACGCCAUUGCAUUGUCUGCGAGAUUUCCCGGAGAUGUAUACCCAAAUCUAAAGAGGCUCUUAGGCUUGGGAGUAGACAAUUCUGUGGUGGUGGACUACGCUGCCAGACAUCCUGCAUUGAAGCUUGAGGAAGACAAGACCAGAGGCACAGCUGCGUUCCGAAGUGGAGCAUUUACAGCUGACGAGGCACCAUGGACGGUGGAGGAGAUACUAGCUAUGGAGCUCCAGAGCAUACAGAAGAAUGCCGAGGCUCUAGCAGGAAAGGGAAGCUCAAUUAAGGACUUGGUCAUCACUGUCCCCGUAUUCUUCUCUGCGGAGGAGAAGAGGGCGGUAGAAUUGGCUGCUGAACUGGCUGGGCUUCGAGUCCUUGAAUUGGUCAGCGAUGGAUUGGCUGUCGGUCUGAAUUACGCCACCUCUCGAACAUUCCCCAGCAUCAAUGAGGGAGGAAACCCCGAAUACCACAUGGUUUUUGAUAUGGGAGCUGGUUCUACAAAGGCGACAAUUUUGAGAUUUCAAGGACGAACGGUGAAGGACGUUGGAAAGUACAACAAGACAAUCCAGGAGGUCGCAGUGUUGGGAAGCGGUUGGGACAGGACACUUGGUGGAGACGCCCUGAAUGCCAUCAUUGUUGAUGAUAUGAUUGCCAAGUUUGUUGCGUCCCCAGGCGCGAAGAGCGUCGGGCCAACCAUUGAAGCUGUUCAAGGUCACGGAAGAGCUGCCGCGAAGCUUUGGAAGGAGGCCGAGAGACUGAGACAUGUCCUUAGUGCUAACACCAACACGCAAGCCAGCUUUGAAGGAUUGUACGAGGACAUUGAUUUCAAGUACAAGAUCACGAGAGAGGAAUUUGAGCAGAUGACCGAGUCUUAUGCUGCACGAAUUGGUAUUGCAAUGCAAAAGGCCUUAGAUAUGGCCAAUUUGGAGGCCAACGACAUCGAAUCACUCAUUCUCCAUGGUGGUGCUAUGCGCACUCCUUUCGUCCAGAAAGAGCUUGAAAAGUUCAUUGGCAAUGCAGACAAGGUCCGAACCAACGUGAACGCAGAUGAAGCAGCAGUGUUUGGUGCUGGCUUCCGAGGCGCUGGUCUUAGCCCUUCAUUCAGAGUCAAAGAGAUUAGAGCUUCUGAAGGAGUCACAUAUCCUGCAGGAAUUAAGUGGAUCAACAUCCACGAGAAGCCACAGCACAUUCGGUUAUGGAACGCGAACUCACACUUGGGCUCUGAGAAGCAGUAUACCUUCAAGAAUCAGGAAGAUCCAUUCGCUAUCAAGUUCUACCAGCACGUGGCAUCUUCAGAGGAUGUCUCCAAGGGAUCAGCGGAGAAAGAUUUGAUCACACUCACAACACAGAACCUUACCGAUUCUGUGGCUCAUCUCAAAACCAAAUUCGGCUGCACUGAUGGCGACAUCAACAUCAAGCUAAGCACCCGUUUAGCUGCUAGCAAUGGCGAGGUUGAGAUUACCAAGUUCAUCCUUGACUGCGAGGUUGAGGCCGUAGAGGAGAAGGAGAGCAUGGUUGAUAGUGUGAAAGGUCUUUUUGGCUUUGGCAAGAAAGAUCAGAUUCCUCUUUCUGAGGAGGAAGCUGAGAGCAGCACGAGCACAUCAGAAUCUGCAUCCAGUGGCACAUCUACGUCGACGGACGGUUCCGCGUCUGCUUCCACGACUCCUUCAACCAAGGAUGCGAAAGCUAAAGAUGCAAAGAGCAAGUCUCUGAAACCUACCAAGCGUUUUGAGGUCGUUCCUUUGAAGUACACUGUCGAGAAGACCGGCCGUCCUCAACUACCUGCAUCGGAGCUUACUCGCAUGAAAGAGCGUAUCGCCGCUUUUGAUGACUCUGAUCGCUCCCGCAAGCUCAGAGAAGAAUCGCUGAACCAAUUGGAAGGUUUUGUCUACAAGGUCCGUGAUCUUCUCGAGAACGAAGCUUUCAUUGCUGCGUCUACUGAGAAGGAGAGAGCGGAACUUGAGACCAAGUCCAAGGCCGCCAGCGAUUGGAUAUAUUCCGGUGGAACCGACGCACCACGAGACGAGUUGAAGUCAAAGCUCAAGGAAAUGAAAGACAUCGUCAAGCCCAUUGAAGUGCGGAAGGAGGAAGCAGCGACACGACCUGAGAAGCUUAAGGCUCUUCAAGACGCCUUGAACCAGACCCAACAAGUCAUCAUAGGCAUCACUGAGCAGAUUGCAAAUGAUACCAAAGCACACGCUGAAUUUAGUGCUUCUAAAUCGGCAGCUUCUACAGCAAAGACAACUCCAGCACCCAGUAGCACACCUGAUGAGUUUGCGGGCCUGGAAGACGAUGAAGCCACGACCACCACAACCGCGCCUGUCGAGGAGGCAACUCUAGACCCACCAGUUUAUAGCGAAGCCGAUUUAAUCCUUCCUCAAUCACAAUAUGACACCAUAUCAAAGUGGCUAUCUGAGAAGCUUUCUGAGCAAGAAAAGCUUGGCCCUACCGACGACCCGGUCAUGCUCUCCAAAGACCUGGAAGCAAAAGCCAAAACUCUUACAGAUAUUCACGUCGAGCUUAUCAUGAAGAGCAUGCGUAAACCAUUCAAGUCAAGCCGUCCUCCUCCCAAACCCAAGUCCAAGCCGAAGAAGACGUCUUCUAAGAAGAAGGGCAAGGGGUCGAAGACAGAAUCGGUCGAUCCCGCGUCGAUGACAAUGAACUACGGCCAGGGUGGAAAGCCAAUGUUCACUCUUGGCCCAGAUGGGGAAUUACCCAGCGAGGAGGAGAUCUUGGCCUUUGUUGAACAAAAUAAGAAGGACCAAGCGGCUACGGAAGCCAAGGCAAAAAAGGAAGGUAAGGCAAGUGGUGACGAUGCCACUACCGGGGAGUCUGGGGAUAAAAAGAAGCAUGAUGAGUUGUGAUUAGACAGGAGCAUGGUUCUGGAGUACAUUAGCGAUUUGAUAGUACAAAAUAUCCAUAAGCCUUACCGGG